GGGUGGAAUGCCGUGGAAAAGAUGCCUGGCGGAAAUGUGGACUCGAGAUAGAACUGGGAAUUCCACUCCUGACUCUAAUACUAGAGUUGUUCGAAUCACUAAGCACAACGAACCAUUGGGUGCUACAGUACGGAAUGAAGGGGAGAAGGUUGUGAUAGGACGAGUUGUGAAGGGAGGAGCAGCAGAGAGAAGUGGAAACCUAAACCCUGGAGAUGAGGUGCUAGAAGUGAAUGGACUUCGAUUGACUGGUAAAUCUGUUCAUGAUAUCUGCUCUACUCUCUGUCAGAUGUCUGGGACCCUGACAUUCGUCAUUAUUCCUGGUCCUCAGUCUGCACAGGAAGAAGAGACUCAGCCAGUAUUCCACUAUCGAGCACAUUUCUCCUACACACCAGAAGACGACCUUUAUAUACCUUGUCAUGAGCUCGGGAUAUCCUUUCAACGAGGAGAUAUUCUUCAUGUCAUCAACAAGGAUGAUCCUCAUUGGUGGCAAGCUUACAGGGAUGGAGAAUGGACGCAGACCCUGGCAGGCCUUAUACCUAGCCUAGCUCUUCAACAGCAUAGGCUAGCUCUACAGAGACAGAAGAAGGACCAGGAAUCCAGGGAGCAAAGCACCUCUCCGUCCCGGAAGAAGACGACAUCCUCUUCCCUCCUCUGCACUAGGAAACCUCAAAAACGUCGUUCUGCCUCUUCUCCCUUCCGUAGAGAUGCACAAGAAACCCCUCCGUAUGAAGAAAUGGCUCUGUACUAUCCUCAACCGAACCAGAAGCGUCCUCUUAUCCUGGUUGGUCCACCUAGCAUUGGUCGACAUGAGCUCCGACAACGAUUAUUAGAUGAUACUUCUAAAUUUGCAGCUCCUGUCCCACACACAACACGAGGUAGAGAAGAGGGAGAGAUAGAUGGUGUUGAUUAUUAUUUUGUGAGCAAACAGCAGUUUGAGACGAUGGUGACGGAGAAGAGGUUUCUUGAGCAUGGAGAAUAUGAUAAACAGAUGUAUGGAACCAGCACAUCAAGUAUCAAAUCUAUUCUUAACUCAGCUAAGAUUUGUGUGUUAAACAUCCAACCUUCAUCUCUACCUGCCUUCCAUGACUCCGACCUGAAACCUUAUGUUGUAUUCUUGACUCCACCCUCCCCUCAUAUAUCCAGGCAUCUUAAACUCAAGAACGGAGAUAUGUUUAAGGAGGACGAGUACAGAGAGUUGGUCAUCAUCGCGCACAAUAUGGAGGAGAACUACGGACACUUCUUCGACUCUGUCAUCCCCUUUGAAGACGUAGACUUUGUCCUCAAACAAGUUAUGUACGAGAUCAGUUUGUUAGAACGAGAACCCCAAUGGGUACCA